CCUCAGCGGAUGGGAGGAGUGCCGCUCGCAGACAGGAGACAGGAUCCAUGGCAACAAUCAUGGCAGAGGUAGAGACUCGCCAGAAGCUGCUGCGCACCGUCAAGAAGGAGGUGAAGCAGAUUAUGGAGGAAGCUGUAACAAGGAAAUUUGUUCACGAAGACAGCAGCCAUAUUGUGUCCUUCUGUGCUGCGGUGGAGGCUUGCGUUCUGCAUGGGCUGAAACGGCGAGCGGCAGGCUUCCUGCGUAGCAACAAAAUAGCGGCACUCUUCAUGAAGGUGGGGAAGAGCUUCGUCCCGGCUGAGGAGCUGUGCAGAAAGGCCCAGGAGCUGGAGCAGGUCAUCGAGACAAAGCGAAGUCAAAGCUUGCAAAGUCAAGACGGUGUACGCAAGAUGCCUCGCCUGCCCAGCCUCAACCCACAGGGAGUCAAGAACCUGUGGAUCCGGACGGCUUUAUUUGAGAAAGUGCUGGACAAAAUUGUCCUCUACCUGGUGGAGAACAGCAGCAAAUAUUACGAGAAAGAGGCUGUUCUAAUGGACCCUGUGGACGGACCUAUCCUUGCCUCUUUGUUAGUUGGACCUUGUGCUUUGGAGUACACCAAGAUGAAGACAGCCGACCACUUCUGGACCGACCCGUCUGCCGACGAGCUGGUGCAAAGACAUCGUAUCCACGGGGGCCACUGCCGACAGGAUUCUCCAACUAAGAGGCCUGCACUGUGUAUCCAGAAGCGGCACUCCAGCAGCAGCAUGGAUGAACGCCCUUCCCCCUCGCCAUCAGCUCGUGAAUAUGUGGAGUCGCUGCAUCAAAACAGCAGGGUGACCCUACUGUUUGGCAAAAACAAUGUGCUCGUACAACCGAGGGAUGACAUGGAGGCUAUCCCAGGUUACCUCUCUCUGCACCAGAAUGCUGACCUCAUGACCCUGAAGUGGACCCCCAACCAGCUGAUGAACGGCUCUGUUGGAGACUUGGACUACGAAUGCAGUGUAUACUGGGACUAUGCAAUGACCAUCCCUCUCGGGGAGAUAGUUUACUUGCACUGUCAUCAACAAGUUGACAGUGGAGGGACAGUGGUGCUGGUCAGUCAGGAUGGGAUCCAAAGACCUCCUCUUCGUUUCCCCAGAGGAGGCCACUUGCUCCAGUUCCUCUCCUGCCUGGAGAACGGCCUGCUUCCCCACGGACAGCUGGACCCCCCUCUGUGGUCCCAGAGGGGAAAGGGGAAGGUGUUUCCGAAGCUGCGGAACAGGGUUCCUCAGGGAUCUGGAACCUCAGACUCGGUCUCAGAUAAGGAGGAGGACGAGGCCACCGACUAUGUCUUCCGCAUCCUCUUUCCAAACAGCCACUCUGAGUUUGUGACUGUAACCCAUGCUCCCCAUCUGACUUCCUCCCUCUCCCUUCAACUGAGUGGGCAGUCCCCCUUCAAAACAGGCAUCCUGGUUGUACCAAAGAGGUCCUGCAGCUGCCCAGAAGACCCCCCAGCACUCACUGGAAGCAGCUUGACUCCUCCAGACUUGGAUCAGGGAGCUACAAUGUGGCACCCCACCCUCAGGAAGUCCUCGUGUUCCUCUUGUUCUCAGGGCAGUUUCUCUGACGGGGCCACGCCCAAGGGGUGCAAUCAUGAGAGGGCUCCUCUGAAGAUGCUGUGCGACAACAUGAAGAAUCAGAUCAUCUCUCGGGCGUUUUACGGCUGGUUGGCAUACUGCCGUCACCUGUCCACGGUGCGCACACACCUCUCUGCUCUCGUCAAUCACACCAUUGUGGCCCCCGACGUGCCAUGCGACGCCUACAAAGGGCUCACCACAGACGUUUGGCAGACGUUCCUCCAGGACUGCACAGCGUACAAGGAGAAUGACCUGCUCCGUCUUGUGUACUUCGGCGGGGUGGAGGCCUCGCUGCGUAAAGAGGUGUGGCCUUUCCUGCUGGGUCAUUACCAGUUUGGAAUGUCAGAAACUGAGAGGAAGGAGGUGGACGAGCAGGUCCGAGUGUGCUACCAGCAGACCAUGAGUGAGUGGCUCGGCUGUGAGGAGAUCGUCCGGCAGCGGGAGAAGGAGCAGCAUGCGGCGGCCAUAGCAAAGUGUUCCUCUGGAGCGAGCAUGGAUGGUUCCAGUCAGAAGAUGAUGAGCCACCACAACUCCUCCGUCAGCAAUGAGUCCCAGUCCUCCCAGAGCUCAGACAGGCAGAGUCUGGCUCGCCUGCAGAGUGACUCCAGCAGCAGCACGCAGUUCUUCACAUCCUCCCACCCCUUCCCCUGGAGUAGCCUGCUUCCCUUUGGCUUGUUCUUUCAGGUGUUUGAGUCCGUGGAGGAGGUUGACCCAAUCGAGACGGAGCCCAAGAGCGAAGAGGCCAAACAGGUGCCAAAGAUACCCAACGGUGCUCUGCAGAACGGGACAAGCUCUCCUGACUCCGGACAUCCCUCCUCACGCAACUUCUCCGUCACCUCUGGCCUGUCGGAUGGCUCACUCAGCACAGAGGACAGCGCUGCACAUGAUACAACCCCAAAACCUGCAGCUGUCCCUCAGGUGCCACAGAGCCCAGUCAAACCUGCAGACAGUGAAGGUUUGACAGAGGAGAUGGACAGCCAGGGGAAAGGUAAUGGGGGGAACAACAAGGAGGAGGGGGAGGAGGAGCAGAAAGGACAUGAGGUGACCAGAACUGAAGAAAAUACCAAGACUGCAGAGCUGUCUGAGGCCAACAAAGAGACAAGUCUGCAACCCAAAACACAAGAAACCGUAGAAGAGUCUGGAGCAAUUCAAACAGAGAGGCCAGAAAGUGAAGAUAAUGAUGCACUUAAAGGAGUUGAAGGGGAAACAGAAAAAGCAGUGCCCGGUGAGGAUACCAUGAUGGUAUCAGCUGCUGCUACAGAAUCUAAUGGAGAACUUGUUGAGCACAGUCUGGCAAAAGAAGCAGAGCUAAAUAUUGAGGAAAAGAUUAAGAAUGUAGCAGACACAGAUGUGGAAAAAACUAAGGAAAUGGAUGAAUCAAAGACAACCGAACCACAAGAGUUUUUAUUGACAGAAAAUAAAGAAAAUGCAUCUGCUUAUCCUGUGGAUCCCGUGGUUGAAAAGAACCUAAUCUUCCCAGCAGAUUCGAGAGCAAAAGAAGCCUACGUUUCCUCUCAGAAAGACGAGGUUCAAGUCAUGACUGAAUCUGACGAGUCUCCCUCCGCCAUAGAGAUGGAGGAGAUCCCCAAAGCCAAAGUUUCCAUGGUGCCUUGGAGCAGGAAGGGACGUUGUGAAGCAUCGUCUUUCUCUGAGGACUCAGCCACCCACUUGGCGCCCGGGCAGGGAAAGCCCAGUGCAGAGGAGCCAGGGAUGGAGAACCUGUACCCUAACUUUGACUCUCUGCCUGGGUCUGGAGACACUAAGAAUGAAGCGCCCUCUCAAGAACCUGGAAGUCCCUUCACUCAAGAGCUUUUGGACUUGUAUACAUUAAAUCUGCACCGAAUUGAAAAGGAUGUCCAGCGCUGUGACCGAAACUAUUGGUACUUCACUCCCGCCAACCUGGAGAAACUGCGCAACAUCAUGUGCAGCUAUAUCUGGAGGCACCUCGACAUCGGUUACGUACAGGGCAUGUGUGAUCUGCUGGCUCCACUUCUUGUCAUUCUGGAUGAUGAGGCCAUGGCCUUCAGCUGUUUCACUGAGCUCAUGAAGAGAAUGAAUCAAAACUUUCCCCACGGAGGAGCUAUGGAUACCCACUUUGCCAACAUGCGCUCUCUAAUUCAGAUCCUGGAUUCUGAGAUGUUUGAGCUAAUGCACCAGAACGGAGACUACACCCACUUCUACUUCUGCUACCGCUGGUUUCUCCUCGACUUCAAGCGAGAGCUGGUGUAUGAUGACGUGUUUGCAGUGUGGGAAACUAUCUGGGCAGCCAAGUAUGCCUCUUCUAGCCACUUUGUGCUUUUCAUUGCCCUGGCGUUGGUGGAGAUCUACAGGGACAUCAUCCUGGAGAACAACAUGGACUUCACUGAUAUCAUUAAGUUCUUCAAUGAAAUGGCUGAGCACCACAACAUGAAGCAGAUUUUGACCCUGGCCAGAGAUCUGGUGUGCAAGGUGCAGAUUCUGAUAGAAAACAAGUGAUUGAGCUCUUUGUCUUCUCUUUCCUUCCAAGUAAAGUGUGAACGGCUGUAGCAGCACAAGAGUAAAAUACAUCUGGGCGCACACGCUCUCACACACUCACACACACAUUACACCAAGCCUUUACAAUCACAGUAUGCUGCUAUGAGCCUUUUUGACUGUAUCCACAAUGUUGUUUGUGUUGUCAACAGCUGUAUGAGAAUAUUAUGCUACAUAUUUGUCAGUAUGUUCAAGUGAAAACAUGUAUUUGAAAAGCAUUUUUUUUAAUUUCUAAAUAACUUUGUCAAUCUUUAUCAGAGUGUGCUUAAUAUUUUGAUAAUUAUGGUUUUAGUUCCACCUUUCAAACCAAAAACACAGAGCUGAAUUCCAACAGAGACUAUAUUUGUGAGAAAAAAAUAUUGUUAUAAUAGAUUAUGAUAGAUAUUUUAUUAGUAAAGUCUACAAGAUCGAUAAGUAACCCCAAUAUACCUAUCCCUUAAUGAAUGAAGAAUGUACAGUAAGCAGACUUUCAAUUUUUAGUUUUAAUCAACAACCCAAAAGUAAAUUGUUACUUGAACUCCAGUUCUGUUUAACACACGGCAUUGAGUAUAAUUGAGCUGUUAGCACCAUGUCAGUGAGUUAGCUUCCAACAGUAUUUUUAAUGUUUUCAUUGAACUGCCUCGCCUGCCAAAUAUAGUCUUUAUUUGUUAAGUGUGAGUUGUAUUGUAAUGAGAGAAAAAUGUGUUUUAAUUAUGAGGAUUAUAUUAUGUAAAAGCAUAACCUAAUAUUCAAGUGACCUAUGGAUGUCUGGGCAGAGAUUUAUAUAAAGCAACAAGCCUGAUUUGUUAGCCUCUUACCUUACUUUUUAUUAUCCAGUGACCCACGGUUUAUUUCGUAAAUUGUGAAGUUUACUCACCUUGAUUUUUGUGUUGUGUUAUCUGUCAGCUGUUUUUUGAAUGUUUACAUCAGCUUGAAUAUGUUCAUGAAUUGGGACAUCGGAUGAGACAGUGAAAUAAUGUAGUCACAGUUUUGCUGUGAAACGUUAAUCAAAUUCUUUAGUGUGCGACAGACUUUGACAGAGAUGAACAUUUAAACUACAGAUUUAGUUGUGAGUGAAAUGGUAUUGAUGUUUUGGCAGAUGUGGGGCUUGUGAAGACAACAAAUAUAUGCUUUUACCUCCUAAAUGAAUACUAUUAUUGGUCUCAAAUACCAACACUCAUUGCCAAGAACUUCACUCUGUUGCUCUUCAAGUGUUGUUUCAUGAAUAUGGUCAAAUGAACUGCUUUUAAAAUAGAUGUUUGUUUGUGAAUGCUAACUGCUGUCAGAAAACCUUUAUUGUAACAUUUAUUAAGUAAAUAUUUAUUUAUUUAUUUGUUUUCUCAUUCAGAUGCUGCUUUGUUGUUAAAGCUGAUAUUUUUAUUUUGUGGCCAGUUCUAAAUGUGUAUUGUAAAACAAUCAAAUUCUAUACUAAGAGUUCAAAUAUAUAUAUAUAUAUUGAAUGGUAUAUGUUCUUAUAAUAAAAAA